CUGUCAGUGCGCGACGGCACACCGCCGGGCCCGCCGAUAUUGCGCCGUGCUCCAUGGAAGUGUUUAUCGAGCGCGCUGUGGGGAAGAUCCGCAAGACUCUUAGCCGACGGGACAAGGACAAGGAACUCCGUGAGAGUUGCGAUGAAGUGCUGUCGCAUCUGAAGGCUGGGACCCCGCAUCUGUCGGAGGAAACGUACUUUGCCCCGCUCUUUUGCGCGAUCCUGACAAAACACAGCAGCAAAACGACGUGCCUGGCGUUGGACUGUAUCGAAAAGCUGCUUGCAUUCGGGUACAUGCGCGGGACGGCGCCGAUCACGAGUUCGCUGCAAGCGCACCUGCAACGCACGCUCAACCUCCGCGAGGACGACAUGAACAUGACCGCGAAGCACAGUGUGUUGCUCAUUGACGCCGUCGUUGAAGUCGUGUGCAGCUGUCAAGAUCACAAUGACACCGACGUCCAGCUCCAGGUGCUCAAGGCCGUGCUCACCGCCGUCACCAGCACGUCAUGCGCGGUCCACGAACACUCGCUCCUCAAGUCGAUUCGCGCCAGUUUCCACAUUUAUUUGGUCAGCAAGAGCGUGAUCAACCAGACCGUCGCCAAAGGCACGUUGCAGCGCAUGAUUGCAAGUACUUUUCAGAGAAUGGAGGCGACUGCUGUCCCCGCCGCGUCGACCGCCGUCGAGUCGCUCGCCAUGUAUUCUUCCGUGCAAGAACACUUUGGCCUGACAUGCCAGCCCGGCGGCAUCCGACCUCAGGCCGUCGGCGAUGUCAACGGGUUCCCUUCCUUGUGGCACAAGGACGCGUACUUGGUGUUUCGCGCGCUCUGCCGCAUCUCGAUGCGAUUUGUGAUCGACGAUGCGAUUGGAGACGCCGCCGAUGACCAGCCGCAAACAGACGAGCCGUUUGCGCUCCAAAGCAAGCUCAUGUCGCUCGAGUUGCUGCUGGCCAUCAUCAACCAAGCGGGCACCACGUUUCAUUCGAAUGACAGGUUUCUCGUCGCGAUCCGGUCCUACUUGUGCGUAUCGCUUCUCGAGAACUGCACGUCGAUCUAUACCCAAGUCGUCGAGCUCAGUCUUCGAGUGUUCGUCGUGCUCAUUACGCAUUUCAAGGCCCAUCUCAAGGGGGAAAUGGAAAUAUUCAUCACCAACAUCUUUCUCCGGAUCUUGGACAGCGAAAACUCGACGUUUGAACACAAGAUGCUUGUGCUGGAAGUGCUCAACCACAUUUGCGACGACCAGUUGAUCUUGAGCGAGAUUUUCCUCAACUACGACUGCGACUGGGACUCGAUGGACUUGUUCAAGCGCAUCGUGAACGCGCUGGCCAAGAUAGCCAAGGCCAAACAACGCGACUCGAUCCAUGCGAGCGCCCCGGCCGCCCGCCAGCUCAAGAUGCAGCAGAACGAAGCGGCGCUCGUGCUCAAAGGCCUCGAAUGCAUGACAUCGACAGUGCAUUCGCUGAAAAAAGCCGCCAACUUCGUUUCGAUCACGGACCAAGGCAAACCAAGCCCCACGGACAACGAUUCCGACAAUGACGACGACGACAGCACGCCGCGGCCGCCAUCGUCGACAUCGCUCGUCGUCGGUGUGUUUGAUAAGAAGAAGAAGCGGCAGGACCUCAUCAGCACCGGCAUCGUCAAAUUCAACGUGAAAGCAACGGACGGCAUCAAGUUUUGCACGGCCAACAACCUCGUCGAAAAUACGCCGCGCAAGGUUGCCGAGUACCUGCACGAGUACAACGCGAGGCUCGACAAGUUUCAACUGGGCGAGUAUUUGGGCCGCGAAGCAGCGUACCAAGGCGGAUUCUGCGUCAAAGUGCUGCACGAAUUUGUCGACAUGAUGGAUUUUCACAACAUGCAAGUUGACGAAGCCAUUCGACGCUACCUAUCGUAUUUUCGACUCCCGGGCGAAGCACAAAAGAUCGACCGCAUGAUGGAAAAGUUUGCCGAACGGUACCAUCUCAACAACCCGGGUGUGUUUCCGACAGCGGAUGUCGCGUUCAUUUUGUCGUUUUCGGUCAUUAUGCUGCAGACGGACCUUCACAACCCAUCGAUCCCAGACGAAAAGAAGAUGACCAAGGAAGGUUUUCUCCGCAACAAUCGCGGGAUCAACAACGGCGAGGACUUGGCCGCCGAAUACUUGGGCGGGAUUUUCGAUCGCAUCAAGAGCACGCCGAUCUCCCUCAAGGAAGAGCAGAAACUCAAGCGCGACAGUUCGACUGUGUCGGGCGCAGUGCUCGACAAGCAGCGAAAAGACGCGUACAGCCGGGAGCGCGAAGCCAUGGUGAAAGCGUCCGAAGCAUUCUUUAAGCGGCGGUCGCCGUCGUCGCGGCUACCAAUGCUCCAUCCAGACAAGUCCCCUGCCGCGUCGUCGUCAGCCGGACUCUUCCACGUCGUGUCCGGCUCGGCCGAACAUGUGAAGCCAAUGUUUGAAAUUGUAUGGGCGCCGCUCCUCGCCGUGUGCAGCGUCAUCUUCGAAUCAUCGGAUCACCCAGUGGCCAUUCAGUACUGCCUGGACGGAUUCAAACACGCGAUUCACUUGUCGGCGAGGUUGCAAAUGCUGUCCGAGCGAGAUGCGUAUGUGUCGGUGCUGGCCAACUUUACGGCGGUCCAGCACUCGGCGACGCGGCCCAUCGGCACAAAACAGAUCGAAGCCAUCAAGACGUUGAUCGCGAUCGCUGUCAAAGAAGGCAAUUUCCUCGGCGACGCGUGGCGCGACGUGCUGCAAUGCAUUUCACACUUGGCGAGGCUGCAGUUGCAUGCGCAAGGCCUCUACGCUGACACGCAAUUCUUCGUCUCGCCAGCAAACUCGUCGACAGGGUCUGUCGGCGGCGUGACGGCGUCGAAGCGGAUUACCUCGUUUGGACAAGCAAUCCUGCUGAACAAUCCUUUCACGCCCAACCCAACACCCUCGCCAAAGUUCAAGCCGCUGACUUUGUCCGAGGACCAACUGGUCGCCAUGGAAGCGCAGAAUGCCCAGCGCAUUGCCGACCAGAUCGACGGCCUCGCCAGCGACAGAGUGUUUAGCAAUUCGCGAUACUUGACCGAUGCGUCGGUCCAAGAGUUUGUCCAGCAGCUCUGUAUUGUGUCCCUCUCCGAGUGCCAAGGGCUGACGGGAUCCGGCAUGACUGUGCGGAUGGCGGCGGUCGCGACGGCGCUGCCGCGCGUGUUUUCGCUGCAAAAACUCGUGGAGGUUGCCGACAUGAACAUGCACGUCCGGUCCCGCGUCGUCUGGGCAAGCAUGUGGAACGUGCUGAGUCGCCACUUUACCACGAUCGGGUGCCACGAUAACCUGGGUCUGGCCAUGUAUGCGAUCGAUUCACUCAAGCAGCUCAGCAUGAAGUUUUUGGAGAAGGACGAACUCCGCGACUUUAACUUUCAGCGCCUCUUCCUCACUCCGUUUGAAAUCAUCAUGGGCAAUGCCGUGUCGGUGGAAAUUCGCGAACUCGUGCUCAGCUGCGUCCACAACAUGAUCAUGAGUCGCGUCGACAGCAUUAAGUCGGGAUGGAAAACCAUUUGGGGCGUCUUGCGAGUCGCUGCGGAGACGUUCGACGUCUCCGAGCAUGACACGCGAGUCGUCCUGAUGGGGUUUGCGCUGGCCAAGACGAUCGUCGACUGCCACUUCGAUCGCGUGGUUGCCGUGUACGUCGACGUGGUGGAGUGCAUUUUAGCGUUUGCGCUGUGUGGGUCGACCACCCACCCGCGCGCAUCGCGCGAUUUGCUCGACAUGAGCCUCGACGCGACCGCCGUCUUGGGGCUGUGCCUUGGAUUCGUCGCGUCAGGUCGUGUGUUUGAACAAAUGGACGCCAGCAGUGCGACAUCACCUCGACAUCGCGUCAACAGUGCCACCGACCCAAGUUUCCACUCGUACACGAACCAAGGCACAGUGAUGUGGUGGCCGGUCCUGAAGGCGCUGGUGACGCUGGCCAGCGAUAGUCACCCAGAAAUCAGAGAUUCCGCUUUGGUCACGCUGUACGGCAGCCUGCACUCGAACGGUGCCGCGAUCGACGCGAGUUUGUGGCACGUCCUGCUUCGGGAUCUCUUGGUGCCGCUCAUGGACAGCAUUCGCCAAGUCGAGAUGCGUGACACCGAGUCGGUCAGUCGCGCGUCGUCAAAGAAAGCGCUGUUGGCGCUUGUGACGUUGUACGGGACGUUUUACCCAUCGAUCGGCCACGUCGACGACGUUCUGGACCUGUUGCAGCGAUGGAUCGUGCUGGAAAGCGAAGACCAGUUGGCAAGGGCAGCUGCCAUCGCGUACGAGACGCUGCUCGUCGAACACGGCCACCAAUUCCCCCCUGCGAUUUGGGAACUCAUCACGGCGGAGCUGCAAACGAUCCAAAGCCGGUUGCUUCCGCUCUGGCUGAUCGAGCCCACACGGGACCCGGCAACGCUGACCAUGUACCCGUCCGUGUCAGCGAUCCUGUUUCCUUCGCCAGCCAUCCAAGUUGCCGUCCCGUCGCACACACACAUGGACGUGCUGCUGGACACGCAGCGGAUAUGCGGCAACGUCCUCGUCCAAGUGGUGCACACGAGCCUGCCGCCGCACUGUUUCGAUGCGAUUUUGGUUUGGAAACCAUGCAUGCCCGUGGUCGCGACCGACUGGCGGGGUCUGUCGUAGGGAUGUCUUUGCGACAGCAUUGCCCUCUCGCGGCAACUCAACGACAACUACAAAACCCGUCUUGCGCUGUUCCAGCUUGGGUGGCGGUAUGGCUGCCAAAGCGCCAAGGAGCUACCGCACAUGUUGGCGCAAGAAAUCAUGGGGAAGCGCGAGUAUUUGAAAGCUGUGAGCCACCACUUACCCCGAUACCGCGACGAGUUUACCUCGCUGGUCGAGACGACGUUGCAAGAGUACUUGCAGUGGAGCAGCCAGGACGGCGACGCGAUGUCGCAGAGCAUGGACCUGCGCCAACGGUCGUACGGCUACGUUCCGCUGAUCGUCGACAUUUUGGAGGAACUCGCGGUGUUUUCCACGGAUGAAAUGGGGCGGCACCUGCCGUGGCUGUACCCGCUCUUGACCGAGUUGAUUCAAACCAACAGCAUCCAAGUGCGACGGGCGCUGUUUCAAGUGUUUGGAUCGAGCAUCCAGGCAUUGCUGCCCCACGCAGCGCGCUUGCCCCACGACAAUCACCAACUCGCCUCCCGCCACACGAACAAAGGAACGUCGCUGCUCUAAACACCAUCUCGUUUUUUCAACUCGACUGGGAUUAUCGUCAUUCACGUGGCAUCGGCUCGCGCCUGCUCGAUUCGACUUGUUCGAACACGCCAUCCUGCAUCUUGCCCGUGACACUGUUGUGGUAUCAACGGGCAGCUUCUCGCGGCGGCAGCGGCCAUCCUGCGUGGUGGAAUGGAGCUUGGCGCUCGCAUGCCAUGGAAACAAUGCUCGUGCACGCGCUUCGAGCGAGGACGACCUCGCCCAGUGAUACAGUGCAGCGCUGGGUGGAGCAGCGAGUUGGUUUCUGCUACUCGAGUCAAGACCGAGCGUCGUUGCGAGGCGUCUGCUGAAACACGCACGCACAUACCGUCGGCACCCGUGGUGAAGCCCCCGCUCGACGGCGCCGAGGCACAAGCCACAGCGAUCGGCAAUCGUCUGGCACACCACCACACAUGACAACAUUACGUGUCGUGCUCCGUUCGUUAGAUCAUGACGGCGCGCGUGUCGUUGAUGAAUAUGGAUGGCUCGGUGGCAGCGACGGUGGCAAUCAAAAUAACGUUUUUCGUGAUGCCCAACUCGCUGGCAACGCUCUCGUAGCAAGCGGCAAUCGCAGUGGCGAUGGCAAACGUCU